GACCUAUUCCUCUCCGCCCCACCCCUUAAUCAUAAAACUCCUCACCCCCGCCCUCUCUCAUCCGUCCAAACUUUCUCUCUCUCUCUCUCUCACUCGCAAAAAUAUACAUAUACUUUUUCAUAUAUCGAAAUCUAUGGUUCAGAAGACGGAAAAAGAAGAGGCUGAAUUCAAAGUUGUACCUGAAACCUUGACGCUUUGUGUGAACAACUGCGGCGUCAGAGGUAAUCCGGCUACCAACAACAUGUGCCAAAAGUGCUUUAACUCCACCACCGCCACCACCUCUUCAGCUGUAGCUUCGGCGACGUUGAAAUUCUCCGAGAAAAGUCCUAGAUCUAGCUCGUCAGAAUCGCCGGCAAGGUCGUUUGAUCUGGUUGGGAGAGGUGAGGAUCGAGCAACGUCGGAUUGGGAUGAAGAGGAGGCGAAGGCGGUACCGGUGGCGAAGAGAGAGGUGAAUCGGUGCUCAGGUUGCCGGAGGAAGGUAGGGUUGACUGGGUUCAGGUGCCGGUGCGGCGAGCUAUUCUGCUCGGAGCAUCGGUACUCGGACCGACACGAUUGCAGCUACGAUUACAAGACGGCCGGUCGUGAUCGGAUUUCCAGGGAGAAUCCGGUGGUUAAAGCCGCGAAGAUCAUCAAAGUUUGAUUUCGAUAUGCAUAUUUAAAAAUGAAAUUGAAAAAUGAAAUUUGGAGAUCGAGGCUCGAUCGAUCGUCGAUCUCUUUGUCGUGUUCUCUGUUCUCGAGAGAAAGAGAUUUGUUGAAGAUUAAGGGAUUGAGAUUUAAAUUCUCUCUGGUUAUUGUUGGUGAAUUAAUCUAUUUUGUAAUUUUUAUCUUUUUUGUCGGUUUGGAUUACAAAAGGGGUUGUGGUUUUCGAUAAUCAUGUUUAAUAGUAUCAGUUCCGAUUCUAAUUUUUCGAGUUUCCUUUCUGUUGUUGUUGUUUGGAUGCUGAGAAAACGGAGGGCGUGGAUGAAGAGGAAGAGGGGGACCGGGGAUGUAUGUAAUUUUGAAGGGAAAUUGGGGAUAAACUGUAAUUGAUGUUGUCUGAAAAGUUCAGAGGUGGUGGCUAGUGGAGGUUUUGAAGGUUGUGGGGUCUCAACUAUAAAUUAUAUUAUCGGCAAAUGGCAAUUUAUCGUGACAAAAUGAAAUAACACCACCAACCAAGACGGGUAAUGGUAUGUCUCACUCGAUUUACGGACAACAGACUGUUGAGUUGUUUUUUUAAUGGUUUGAUAGAAUUGAGGUG